CAACGGUGCUGCUGUGCGCUCGACGCUUUCCAAAACCCACCACAGUGGCACGAAAGAGACGUCGUCGUGGCCGCCGUGUAAUAAAAGAAGCAAAUCCGACUUCGUCUGGGGCUUUGGUGUCAGAGAGGGGUUCGAGAAAUUGUGCGCGGUUCGUAGCAGACAGUGUAAAUGGAGCUUUGAUAGCGAUCGGAAGGACAAAACUUGCUCUCUGCCGUCGAUCUCCAAAAAUUCAGUGUUUUUCCUUACUGUGUGUUAAUCGAAACAACAAAAAAAACCAACUAAAAGUGUGCGCAAACGAACGAAAUACUCAACAGAUUUCAAGUCAGCGUCAAGUCAAAGAUGGCAAAACUGUUUGUGGUUUUUGCCGUUCUGGCUUUGGCGGCCUUUAACGAAGCCAAUGCCAGCGAUCCGCUGCUGCGAUUCAAGCGACAGGCCACUACCGAAGAGACCAAGAAGGAGGAGUCGUUCGAGAAGGAGCUCUGCAAGGACAAGGAUGCCGGCGAGUGGUUCCGCCUCGUUGCCGGCGAAGGCGACAACUGUCGCGACGUCAUACAGUGUACCUCAUCGGGCCUGCAAGCCAUUCGCUGUCCUGCCGGUCUGUACUUCGACAUUGAGAAGCAGACUUGCGACUGGAAGGAGUCUGUGAAGAACUGCAAGUCCAAGAACAAGGAGCGUCGUGUGAAGCCUCUGCUGCACACGGACGAGCCACUCUGCCAGGAUGGCUUCCUGGCCUGCGGCGAUGGCAACUGCAUUGAGCGCGGUCUCUUCUGCAACGGCGAGAAGGACUGUUCCGAUGGCUCCGAUGAGAACACCUGUGAUAUCGACAACGAUCCCAAUCGUGCUCCUCCCUGCGAUCCCGCUGUCUGUGUCCUGCCCGAUUGCUUCUGCUCGGAGGACGGCACCUCGAUCCCUGGGGAUUUGCCCGCCAAGGAUGUGCCCAUGAUGAUUACCAUCACCUUUGACGAUGCCAUCAACAACAACAACAUCGAGCUGUACAAGGAGAUGUUCAAGGGUCGCAAGAACCCCAACGGCUGCGACAUCAAGGCCACUUACUUCGUCUCGCACAAGUACACCAACUACUCGGCCGUGCAGGAGACAGCCCGAAAGGGACACGAGAUCGCCGUGCACUCGAUCACGCACAACGACGAGGAGCGCUUCUGGUCGAACGCCACCGUCGAUGACUGGGCCAAGGAGAUGGCCGGCAUGAGGAUCAUCACCGAGAAGUAUGCCAAUAUCACCGACAACUCGGUUGUGGGUGUGCGCGCACCGUACCUGCGGGUGGGUGGCAACAAUCAGUUCACGAUGAUGGAGGAGCAGGCCUUCCUGUACGACUCCACCAUCACGGCGCCCCUGUCCAAUCCCCCACUGUGGCCGUACACCAUGUACUUCCGUAUGCCCCACCGCUGCCACGGCAACCUGCAGAGCUGCCCCACCAGGUCGCACGCCGUCUGGGAGAUGGUCAUGAACGAGCUGGAUCGUCGCGAGGAUCCUGCCAACGACGAGUACCUGCCCGGCUGUGCCAUGGUUGACUCCUGCUCGAACAUCCUCACCGGCGAUCAGUUCUACAACUUCCUGAACCACAACUUCGAUCGCCAUUACGAUCAGAACCGCGCCCCACUGGGUCUGUACUUCCACGCCGCCUGGCUUAAGAACAAUCCCGAGUUCUUGGACGCCUUCCUGUACUGGAUCGAUGAGAUCCUGGCCAACCACAACGACGUGUACUUCGUGACGAUGACCCAGGUGAUCCAGUGGAUGCAGAACCCACGCACCAUCAGCGAGGUCAAGAACUUCGAGCCCUGGAGGGAGAAGUGCGUGGUUGAGGGCAAGCCCGCCUGCUGGGUGCCCAACACCUGCAAGCUCACCUCCAAGGAGGUUCCCGGGGAGACCAUCAACCUGCAGACUUGCGUGCGGUGCCCCAAUAACUACCCAUGGGUCAACGAUCCCACUGGCGAUGGUUUCUUCUAAGUCAGCGAGCGAGAUGAUCUUCCCCCGUCCCAGUCCCCUGUACCUGUCCCUGUCCCCCUUUUGGCGAGCCCCCUUGGACGCCUAACCACCAAUCUCUAAGUUCUAUCACAAUCCAACCACUCGAUCAAUCGAUUUUUGAAUUUCCUGCAAGACUUUUUUUAUAUUUUUAUUGACUGACUUCGAUGCGCGAGGAGGAAGCGCUGAGGCGCUUUUGGGCGCCUCCCCCGGGCAAGUCUUUGCUGUGUUACGGUUACGUUAAAACAAGAUGGAGAAAAGACGAAAAGAAAAACUCUAAAAC